AUGGAGCCCCCCGCUGCCACCUUCAUCCGUGGGGUGGGGGAUGAGGUGACGGUGGUGGCCGGUGUCGUCGUGCUGGUCCUGGCUCUGGUCCUGGCGUGGCUGUCCACCUAUGUCGCUGACAGCAGCAACCAGCUUUUGGGAACAAUCGUCGGAGCGGGGGACGCUGCCGUCAUCCGACUCGGCCAUGUGGAGCGGAAAAAGCAGAAGAGGAAGGAGGGGCAGCAUCGGGGCCGGCAGCGGAGCAGGGGGACAGCGGCAGCUCCCCCGACCCCGAAGCGGCUGCUGAAUGGCCGGAGCUUGCCCAAAGGGACGUCGGCCACUGAGCUCAGCGCCCCAGGCAGCCAGGGAGGCCCCCCCACCCCAGGGGGGAGCGACCUGUGCUCCGGCCUCAUCAAGAUCCGGCUCAAAUUCCUCAAUGACACGGAGGAGGUAGCUGUGGUCCGGCCUGAGGACACCGUGGGGGGGCUCAAGAGCAAAUAUUUCCCGGGCCAGGAGAACCAGAUGAAGUUCAUCUAUCGCGGGCAGCUGCUGCAGGACCAGGGGCGGACGCUGCGCUCGCUCCACAUCACGGACAACUGUGUCAUCCACUGCCACCGCUCCCAGAGCGCUGCCAGCGCUGCCGCCACACUGCCAGACCCCAGCACCGCCACCCCCGAUGCCGGUGGCCUCUCCCUCAGCAUGGGGAACCUGAUGGUCCCUGCUGUCAUGGUGGUGCUGGCGGUCAUCUGGUAUUUCCGCAUCAAUUACCGACAGCUCUUCACCGCCCCGGCCACUGUCUCCUUGAUUGGUAUCACCGUCCUGUUCAGCUUCCUGGUGUUCGGGAUGUACGGACAGUAG